AUGUGUGAAAAGAGGAUAAGGAAAAUUAAAAAAGGUUCUCAAGUAGCCCGUCUGCGUGAGGCAAGGCGUUUACAAAGACUAAAUUGGCUCGCAACUCCUCCACCAGUUGAAGAGGCCACUGCACCUCCCCCACAACAACCUACUGUGGAUAAAACUGCCCAAAACAGGGUCAUACUUGAAUUAGCAUUGAAAACCAUUGCUCUAAUGCAAAAGAACAGGCUAAUUCAGCAGAAAAUCAUUGCUCUACAAAGAGAAACAUCUGAAUUCGUAGCUGCAGUCAUGAGUAACCCAGAAAAUAGAAGGCGAUACUUAGAACAUGUACGUCUAUAUGGCGCCGGCCUCAUCACCUUAGUACCAUCAGAUGAAGCUCGAAAUAAACCUCUAAAAGUAGAACCUAAAUCC